AUGAAACACUCCAGUUUCCUCCCUUUCCUCGCGGGCAUCAGCGCCACCAACGCGGGGAAGAGCGAUGCAACUCUCUUGGCGCGCUCCUCCGCUCCAGCAUGCAGCAAUGCACCCUCAACACUCUCCCUCCCUGAUGCGCCCUAUGAUAACUUCUUCUACUCCGACUGCAACGUCGCCGCCCAGGCGGUGGUGACCACCCCGCUCCCAGAUAGCGACCUCACCCAGAUCGGACCGCGUCUGAUUGUCGCCUGGACAGCCGGCAACAGCGGCGCGUGCUCGUUUUUUGCACCGCAGAAUGGCGUCAACGGGUCCCUGGCCAUUGCGCUGGUCAAUUCCACUGUCGGAAAUCCCCUGGCGCCGGUCUAUUCUAGCGCCAAUAAUGGGAGUGCAAACCCCAGCGUUGGUGUGAAGAGUGUCCUGCGCUUCAACUCCUCUGCUAUUCUCACGAUUCCCAUCCUGGGUAGUAUCCGCACGAUUCGUGAUUUCACCGAGGGACCCAGUAUCCUCUACCCGGAGAUCCAGGAUGCCAUCACAUUCACGACCAAUGGCAACGGAGUACAAUUGAAUAGAGUGUGGCUGGACAAUGUCACCUCCACAACGCUCACCUUCCAGCCCUGGGGCAGCAACAGCACCGGCAAGGCAACGGUUGUCAACCGCACCGUCCACUUCGAGCAGGGCGACUACCUCUUCUCCGCGGCGAUGAGCUAUCCCCAAAUGACUCAGCUCGAGCCCGCCUCUGUGCUGAACUCCGAAUCUGCGGAUCUGAUCACCCAAAUGCCCGGCCAGACGGCUGCGCUGUCGUUCCUGUCGUACUCGGAGAAACUCCUCGCGGGUGCGUGGCGCUUCCUGACGUAUUUCGGGCGCGACUCGAUGAUCUCGGCGUUGCUUUUGGAGCCGGUCCUCAGCAGUGGACAGGGUAGUGCUAUGGAGGCGGUUAUUGGGGCUGUCCUGGAGAGGGUGAAUCGGACGGAUGGGAGUGUUUGUCAUGAGGAGACUAUUGGGGACUAUGCUACCUGGACCAAUGAGCAGGAGGGCAUUUACAGCAAUGCCAUGAGCUGCGAUUACAAGAUGAUUGACUCGGACUACUACCUCCCCGUGUUGAUGCAGAAGUACUUCCUGCAGAACCCCAUCGGAAAGAGCAGAGCCACCGCAUUUUUCAACACUCAGGCCGGCUCCGUCAACGCAGCCAACCGGAACCUAACCUGGGGUGACCUGGCCCUCAUCAACGCUGAGCGCAUCAUGCGCCUAACCGGCCCGUUUGCCAAAAAACAGACCAAGGAUAACCUGAUUCAUCUAAAGGAGGGCCAGAUUGUUGGCCAGUGGCGGGAUAGCACAUACGGUAUUGGAGGUGGACGUAUCCCUUACGACGUCAAUACGGCUCUUGCGCCCGCGGCCCUUCGCUCUGUCGCCGCUCUCGCUCGCAGCGGAGUGUAUCCGCAUGAGAAGCAGUGGGCAACGGAAGCAGACAAGAAUGCUAAAGUGUGGGAGGACUCGACGCUGCAAUUCUUCGAGGUCACAAUCCCACAAAAAGAAGCCCAAUCCCGCAUCGACACCUACCAAACACGGGCCCCCUUCACCGUCCCAACCAACACAUCGCAAACCAUCGACUCGGACGUAAUCUUCCACGCCCUCUCCCUCGACGGCUACGACUCCCUCUCCCAAGUCCAAGUGAUGAACACAGACGACUGCUUCCGCCACUUCCUGCUCAACACUACUAACGAAGCCCAGCUGACAUCCUUCCUCAACCAAACCGCCUCUAACAUCCGCCGCACUUUUCCCGCGGGCCUGAUGACCGACGCCGGCAUGGUGGUCGCCAACCCGGCCUUCGGAAGUGAGGAUGUCUACGCCCAGAACUGGACCACGGGCGCGUAUCACGGUACGGUUGUUUGGUCGUGGCCGCUUGCCAUGAUGGGGAAGGGGUUGGAGUUGCAGAUGGCGAGAUGUGAUCAGAAGACGAAGACAUCCGUGCCGCAGUUCUGUCAUGAUGUCUCGGUUCUUGACAAUGUCAAGACCGCGUAUAAUACCCUCUGGGACUCGAUCGAGGCCAAUUCCCAGCAGCUCUCGACCGAAGUGUGGUCGUGGGUUUACCGCAAUGGAGAGUUCGACGUCACGCCCCUUGGGGUUAUGCCGCCGCCGCCUGGCGCAGGUUCUCAGACCGGUAUGUUUUUAUUCCUUUUCUCUUUCUAUUUCUCCUUCCUAUAA